GCCGGCUGCAUCCCGGAGCAGAUCUCAGCUCUGUCCAGGAUGGCGCCGAUCCUGCUGUUGCUGACUGGCCUGGUGGCUGCCGCCUUCGCCACGAGUGAGCCGUACCGGCAGACGAUCCCGGCCGGCGGCGGCGCCAGCGGGGGCGGCGGGACCAGCCGCUACUGCGGUAACCCGUGUCCGCCUGACUGUGUCGAGUCGCUGGACGAGAGCCGCCAGUGCCUCCUCUGCCAAUGCAGUCCCAAGCUGGACUUCGGCGACCUGGCGGUGCCGGGCUCGGAGCCGUGCCCCAGAGGUCUCCAAGAGGCACCUAGCUUCUUCGGCCUCAAGAUCUGCAGGGGGCAAGGAUGUACUCCUGGCGCCAGGUGGAAGGUCAACGACGACUGCAGCUCGUGCGUGUGCACCAAUGAUGGCGAGCCCGCCUGCACUCCCUGCAGGAGACCGAUUCCCGAGGCGCCGGUGACUUGCGAGGGCGGCCAUCCCAGAUGUCCACAAGACUGCGGCAGCGCUUUCAACGAAGAGAAGAACUGCCUCGACUGUAAAUGCGUCGUCGGCGAGCCCGGCGACGUCAGCGUCCCCUUCGGCGAGCCGUGCCCUCCGGGGACAGACUUCAGGGAGUCGGGAGCCUUCUUCAAGGCCUGCGGCCCGAUCGACUCGCUGCCAAAAGGGGACACAAAGAUCUGCGAGGGUCCGCGGCCUCGCUGCCCGCCCAAGUGUGACCUGGUGCGCUCUUCCGAGGCUGAAGGCUGCGUCUACUGCCAAUGUGGACCAGUGCUAGCGCAGGGCGACGAGGUCAUACCGAUUUACGAGCAGUGCAGAUCACCGCUACUGCCCGGACCCACCCAGCUGACCACCAGAGUGUGCAAAGCGCCCACCAAGAAGGAGUGUUUGCCGGGUACCGUCUACAACGUGCAGUGCGACAUCUGCCUAUGCCAGGCCGACGGUGUUCCUGCCUGCACCAAACGCAACUGCAGCGAACCCAAGUACGGUGACCAUCAGGAGUGCAGGAGCGGAUACCGCCAGUGUCCAGCCGACUGUGGCCUGGCCGGUUCGGACAGCUACUGCACCUACUGCCAGUGCGGCCCGCGGCUCGAAGAGGGUGAGAUCGCCAUCUCCUUCGACCGGGACUGUCCGCCUGGCUUCACGCUCAAGACGACCCUCCUGGCCAGCAAGACGUGCACGCCAGUACCCCCAGCAGCACACUGCCAGUACGGUCCGUCGUACAUCGACGAGUGCUCCAACCUGUGCAAAUGCACUGGCGGCGGCUACAGCUGCACGAGGAAGGCGUGUCGGCCCGGCCAGACGACUCAACAACCCUUGACCUGCAACGGCCAGUCGACACUGCCGCGGCUGCCCGGCGUGCGCGUCUUCUGCCACCAGGGCAUCGUCAAGGUCCAGCCGUUGGAUGCGCCGUGUAUUCCCAAUUCGUGGUUCCUGGACAAUGAGUACUGUAACACAUGCCAUUGCUCGGAGACGGGUAUAGCCGCCUGCACCCUGAAGGCUUGCGUCACAGUACCCCCAGCAGCACACUGCCAGUACGGUCCGUCGUACAUCGACGAGUGCUCCAACCUGUGCAAAUGCACGGGCGGCGGCUACAGCUGCACGAGGAAGGCGUGUCGGCCCGGCCAGACGACUCAACAACCCUUGACCUGCAACGGCCAGUCGACACUGCCGCGGCUGCCCGGCGUGCGCGUCUUCUGCCACCAGGGCAUCGUCAAGGUCCAGCCGUUGGAUGCGCCGUGUAUUCCCAAUUCGUGGUUCCUGGACAAUGAGUACUGUAACACAUGCCAUUGCUCGGAGACGGGUAUAGCCGCCUGCACCCUGAAGGCUUGCGUCACAGUACCCCCAGCAGCACACUGCCAGUACGGUCCGUCGUACAUCGACGAGUGCUCCAACCUGUGCAAAUGCACGGGCGGCGGCUACAGCUGCACGAGGAAGGCGUGUCGGCCCGGCCAGACGACUCAACAACCCUUGACCUGCAACGGCCAGUCGACACUGCCGCGGCUGCCCGGCGUGCGCGUCUUCUGCCACCAGGGCAUCGUCAAGGUCCAGCCGUUGGAUGCGCCGUGUGUUCCUGAUUCGGAGUUCCUCGACGAGGAGUACUGCAACACAUGCUAUUGCAUUGACGGGGGUAUAGCGACCUGCACCCAGAUGGCCUGUCGCACAAGGCCUUCCGGCCGGGGCUACUAGCGCGCCGCUGAGCUCGCUGCCCUGCUCUCGCUGGGGGCUGCACACAAACCAUCCUGGGGCAUUAUGGCUUCCGCUCCUGAUCUGGACGAAAAUGCUGAUGAACUUGGCUUUGAACCUGUGUUAAGAGGUUCCUACAUCGCGGGAUAUUCUACUCUGGGCUACAAUACAAGCGACACAUAUUGAUAUGCAAUUCAUGUAUCAAUACACUUUAAAAGAAGGCAUUGCA